AAAACCUAAGUCUGGGUCUAGAGUCGCGUCUCAUUAGUGCAAUAAAGGAUCUACCUUGAUUUAAGCGGACAAUAGUGGGCGUGACACUGGAUUAUAUGAUGAAUCAAAGUUCAGUUCAUAUGCUAUCAUAGCUCAUUUAUCUUGAUUCAUAUACAUUUAUAAGUCAGUUUGAAUAGAUCGUCGUAUACCGUUGAAUUGUCGGCACUGGACAGUCUCCUCCCCCGCGAGGACCUGCAUUUGAGACAGUCUCUUAGGUCCUAGGUGUCUAGGUAGGCAGCUCCCUAACGUUUAGACGUAGCCCUGCUCGCUCGUAUUCAUUUAUUGAAGGUCCCCCACCCCUCACCCCUCAGGAAUACGACAAAGGCUGCCAGUCUGCAUUGAAGCGAGGGAUGUUCUAACGUAAAGAGCGCAAGGGGCAGACAGACACCGGCUGCAGCCCAUCCGCCCCAUCCCAUCCAGCACAGCAGAGCACAUGAUUCUCUCCUCCUGCUCUUAAAACCAUCACUAGCAUCCUCUGGAAGAGAUGACAAGCCAUUAGAUGUGUGCUUCCAUAUCGACUGUGCUCAUCGGAUACACUCGCACAAAGAUAGCCUACUACAGCCCCGGGUGUUGACAUGGAGCUGGAGCAUUUCGACGAACGGGACAAAGCACAAAGAUACAGCCGUGCGGGUUCACGUGCGAACGGCCUCCCGAGCCCCACGCACAGCGCCCACUGCAGCCUAUACCGAACCCGGACCCUACAGGCUUUGAGCUCGGAAAAGAAAGCCAAGAGGGUCCGGUUCUACCGCAAUGGAGACCGGUACUUCAAAGGGAUUGUGUACGCGAUUUCCAAUGACAGAUUCCGCUCUUUCGAUGCUCUGCUCGCAGACCUCACCCGCUCCCUAUCAGAUAAUGUUAAUCUGCCUCAGGGCGUCCGGACCAUUUACACCAUUGACGGGUCGAAGAUUACCAGCAUGGACCAGCUGGUGGAAGGUGAGAGUUACGUAUGCGGAUCAAUUGAGCCUUACAAGAAUCUGGAAUACACAAAGAAUGUCAACCCCAACUGGUCAGUCAACGUCAAGACCGCUGCAUCUGCACGAGCGCCCACCUCUCUGGCCAGCGCCAAGGCUGUUUCAAUAGAAACCAAGGAUAACAAGGAUUUCAUCCGACCCAAACUGGUGACCAUAAUCCGCAGCGGGGUAAAGCCUCGGAAAGCCGUGCGUAUACUUCUCAACAAGAAGACGGCCCAUUCGUUUGAGCAGGUUCUCACGGAUAUCACAGAUGCCAUCAAACUGGACUCUGGAGUGGUCAAGAAGCUUUAUACGGUGGAUGGUAAACUGGUGGCAUGCCUUCAGGACUUCUUUGGUGAAGAUGAUAUAUUUAUUGCCUGUGGCCCAGAGAGGUUCCGCUACCAGGAUGACUUCUUGUUGGAUGAGAGUGAGUGCAGGGUGGUGAAAUCGCAGUCCUAUGGCCGUAUUUCUCCCAUGCAGGGCCGCUGCUCUCCCCGCAGCGGGGGACCUUCGAGAAGGAGCAAGUCCCCUGGUUCCAGCAGCUCAGCUAACGGUACAGCAGGUAGUCAGCUCUCGACCCCACGGUCAGGCAAAUCUCCCAGUCCAUCUCCCACCAGUCCAGCCAGUCUGAGAAGACGAAGGGGCUCUCAGCACAGUGGCUCCUCCCUCUCUCUGGCCUCCACCAAGGUGUGCAGCUCCAUGGACGAGGGCGAUGGUCUGGCCAGUGAAGCUGAGCUGAUUGAGGAUUGUCCUCAGGUUCCUGCUUCCAUAGCCGAAAGGUACAAGGUGGGACGGAUGAUCGGCGAUGGGAACUUUGCUGUGGUCCGUGAGUGUGUAGAGAGGUCCACAGGGCGAGCGUAUGCUCUGAAGAUCAUUAACAAGAGCAAAUGCAGAGGGAAGGAACACAUGAUCCAGAAUGAGGUGUCCAUUCUCCGGAGAGUGAAGCAUCCUAAUAUUGUCCUGCUGAUUGAAGAAAUGGACACAUACAGUGAACUCUACCUGGUCAUGGAGCUGGUCAAGGGUGGCGACCUCUUUGAUGCCAUCACCUCCUCCAACAAAUACACAGAGCGGGACGCCAGCGGAAUGCUGUAUAACCUGGCCAGCGCUAUCAAAUAUCUGCACAGCCUUAACAUUGUUCACCGUGACAUCAAACCUGAGAAUCUUCUGGUCUAUGAGCACCAGGAUGGAAGCAAAUCCCUGAAACUGGGGGAUUUUGGCUUGGCAACAGUUGUGGACGGUCCGCUUUACACUAUAUGUGGCACACCAACCUAUGUAGCUCCAGAGAUUGUCGCAGAGACCGGGUAUGGAUUGAAAGUUGAUAUCUGGGCGGCCGGGGUCAUAACAUACAUAUUGCUUUGUGGCUUCCCUCCUUUCCGCGGUAGCACAGAUGAUCAGGAGGCUCUUUUUGAGCAGAUUAUGACGGGACAGCUGGAUUUCCCUCUUCCAUACUGGGACAAUGUAUCUGACUCUGCAAAGGCACUUAUUACCUGCAUGCUCCAGGUGGAGGUCGAACAGAGAUACACAGCUCUCCAGGUGCUAGACCAUCCCUGGGUCAAUGAUGACAGGAUGUGUGAGAAUCAGCACCAGUUGUCCGUGGCCGGCAAGAUUAAGAAACAUUUCAACACGGGCCCCAAAUCCAACAACACCACAGCAGGAGUCACUAUCAUAACAACCACCCCUCUUGAUAAGGAAAGGCAGAUUUUCAGACGAAGACGCCACCAGGAUGUGAAAGCAGCUGCUUCCCGCAGCACCCAGAGCACCGUCUCCUCCAGCCCCGCCACCGGCCUGAGCUUCUCUCCAGCGGAGUUCACCUCCGAGUCAGAGGAUAUUUCCCCCAGCUCGGCCGACACGGUCCGCUCCCCAACAUCUCCGUUUUAAGCACACCCCUGUCUUGGCAGGAAUCAAUGGGAAAUGAUCUAGAAAUAAAAGGUAAAUCGACUUGUGUAUAGCAAAAGAUGAGAGUUGUUGAAAAUGAAUGUUUGUUACAUGGUGGAGCAGAUGUGGUUAACUAGCACUGGAUGGGCUGGUUUCCUCUGUUCAAUUCUGUGAGGGUAGCACACCUGAAUAGGUGUAAAAAUAAUCUCACUCAAACUCUAAACAUUUUGUUUUUCAUCCGAAAUUCCGAAUUAAGAAGCCCUUGUCAUUGUUUAAGUGUUUUCUCUUCAUAGCUAUGUUUGGUGCUAUAUGAGGUUUUGUUUGUAGACCAUCCUGCUCUUUUGCACCCUCGAGUGUUUGAUAUGAAGUAAUGCAGCCAAACCUCCCACUCUGUCUCUAGUUACACACACAUGACUGUCUAAUACUUAGAAGAAACCUGCAAUGUCUUAACAUCUUUUCUUUUGGUGACAAAAUCUUUUACGUGAGUUUUUACCUUUUGUAUUAACUUUAUAUAUUUCAAAUAUUUUCGGUUUGUACGUUUAUUUCAAACUGAUAACUUAUAUUUGCAUAUUUCAGCAUUUUCUUUAUGAAACAUGUUUUCUGUCCGUUGGUAAGACAUUAGAAUGUUCUUUCUUAAAUGUGUAAAAAUCCCUGAAUAGUUGAAGCUCUUUUUGAGGUAUGUGGCUGUAGAAAUGCUUGUUUGAACUUAAAGGGACAGUUCUUUCAAAAAUGAAAAUCAGCCCAUAAAUUACUCACCCUCAAGUCAUGCUAGGUGUAUAAGACUUUCUUUUUUCAGACGAAUCCAGUCAAAGUUAUAUAAAAAAUGUUCUUUGAUCUUACAAGCUUUUUAAUGCCACUCAGCAGGUGUUGCAGUGCAUCAGUCCAAAAGCUACAUUAAAGUGAUUAUUAAGUUUUGAAUAUGGAUAUUUUUAUUACAAAAACACAUUGAUUCACUACAGGAGGCCUUUAUUCACCUCCCGGAGCAAUGUGAGACACUUUUUAUUAUGGAUGGGUGCUUUUUAUUUAACUUCUUUGGACUGAUGCACUGCAACGCAGUGGCAUUAAACAGACUGAAAGAUCAAAGACAAUUUUUAAUAUAACUCCGAUUGGAUUCAUCUGGAAUAAGAAAGUCAUAUACACCUAGAAUGCCUUGAGGGUGAGUGAUUUAUGGACUUUUUUUUUUUUUUUGGGUGAACUAACCCUUAAAUGCAAUCCAAGUGAUGGGUGCUUAUUUAACAUGUAUGACAUAUGAUUUUCUUGCUGCUGCUAUAAUAAUCACUUCUGCUGUAAAUUCAGUUCUGUCAGCUACUAUUUGUCAUGAAGAUAAAUAGAUCGUACAGCUAUUUCCUAGAAUUUGAAUUCCUUCUCAGAGCAAGCAUCAAUCUUCCAAACAGAAUGUACUGUACGAUUAGAGUUUUAAAAAGUACACCCGCUAAAUGUCCACUACUGAUUUUAAAGAGCACAUUUGGACUACGAUUGAACAUAUUUUACUUCUCUUUUUUUAAGUGGAAUGUAAUAUUAUAGACAGAUUUUACAUUUUCAUUUAAAUAUAUGGUGUUGUUUUUGUCACACGAUGGCCAAAUAUGACAACAGAAUGAUGCUCGUUUCCACCAUAGAUAUGGAUUUGAAGGAAAAUAAAUAGCAAAAACAAAAGGUAAUUGCGACUUUUUAUCUCACAUUUCUGACUUUUUUCUCAAAGUUCUGAGGAAAUAAAAGUAUAUAAAAACAGAAUUGAGGCACGUAAACUUGGAAAUGUGGAAAACAAAAUCAGAAUUGCGAGAUAAGCUUGGAAUUGCCCCCCCUUUUUUAUAGUACUGCUAAUUUAUAUCUCAAUUCUGAGUUUUAUUCUGGGGGCAACCAUGGCCUAAUGGCAAUUCUGUAACUCGAAGGUGGUGGGUUCGAGGGGGAGUGAAUGUAAAGCACUCUCUUCCACCUUCAAUACCAGACUGAGGUGAGACCCUUGAGCAAUUUAUUCAUAAUAGCAGCAAAACUGUUUUGCAAUAGAACAUGAACAGAAUACGUACAUCAUAAAAAAAAAAAAAAAAAAUUAAUUUCUGCUAGAAGUACUUAAAGAUGGAUGACGUUAAAGAUUCCCUAAAAUAAAAUGGGACCCAGCAAAGCUGUUAGCUGCAUUAUAUACAAAAAAACUUAUAAAGGUUCUGUUGUUUGGCCAUGUCUGGGCUCCAAAUAUCUUAUAGUAUCUAUUUAUACAGUUCAUUUUCAUUCCUUUAUGUGGUGUUUUGUGGAGGUUGCACACUCACUGUAAAAGACUGAUUGUGUUUGUCUUGUGAGUGAUAAUCAUUUUACCAUCAAGACAUGUUGACCCCAUCUACAGUACAAGAAACUAGUUUUAAUCAAGACCGGUCUUGGUUAUGUUUGUGCUUCUCAACAUUUAACAUUGUUAUACAGCUUACUGAAGCCUUCAGCAUGAAAGGCUUCAGGUGACAUUAUAAAGGGGUGAAAAGCACAAAGGCUAAAAGAGUAGUUCUUUAAAGUAUGAGCAUGACUUUGCUUUUUAAUUAAAAAUAUAUCUGCUGUGUUUGCUCGUCAAAAUUAGACUAGCACCCAAUCCAUGAUCAGCCUAUUUUUUAAUAGGAUGUAGAUCAAUUCAUUAUAACAUAGGACAUAUUCUAGCUCAUAUGCAAAAUUCAGUGCACAUGCAUUGAUUACAUAUUGUAUAUUUGUAUAGAUGUAUAUCCAUCGCUUGUCAAUUGUCUUUCCCAUCAAAUGUCAUCUAGGCUUGACUUUCUUACUGGUGGAAGAGUCCUUGCUUCCAAGUAGCAUUGAACAGUGGUGCAUUCAGCAACAAGCCAAACCUGAAUAAAUGAUUCCUCAAGCAGAAA